CGCACCCGUGCGCUGACCGACCAAUACAGAACCAAACGACGACUGCGACGGAGAGUACUCCACACAGCCCUUCUCAAAUCAGUAUCGAAGUUGAUUGAAUCGAACGCAUUCUUUCAUCCUUCUUGUCUACAGCUACCUUACCUCUAUCUAUAUUCCUAAACGAACCCCCGCACCGACCAACCAACCACGACAGAGCGACAAUAAAUAACCCAGCCAAGAUGUCCAACAACAACAACAAUGACCUCCAAUCACGCCGAGAAGCCGACUACGAGCGCUUCAAAACGGCCGCGGCCUACACCUUCCUCGUCGCCUCACCCAUCCUCAUUGCCCUGCCACCGCGCAAACUCGACAACCUCACCGUCCUCCUGACGGGAGCGUUCUGCAUCUCCGCGAACCACCUCACCCACGAACGCACAGGCCGGAGCAUCAUGGACCGAAUCGAGGCGCGAAUUGCAAAAAAUCCCAUCUCAGCCAUGAACGAGCUGCCCAGCGAGCGUGCGCGGGAGAUCCAGGCCCAGUUGAAGGCGGCGAGGGAUGCGCAGAUUCGCGAUCGCACGGUGGUGGGCGAGGAGUUGGAUAAGCUGAAGGCCAGACAGGAGAGUGAAAAGCCGGCGCUGGAAAGGAUUUGGAUGGGUGGGGAGUCGGAGGGGUGGAAGGAGAGGAGGAUGAGGGAGGAACAGAAGGCGCUGGAGGAAGGGAGGGGGUAUGGGGAUUUGAUUAAGGAGCAUAUCUGGGAUGUGUGGACCUGGGGAAAGAAGGAGGAUGGAGAGGAGGGAACGGAGGAGGGGAAGUCGGACUGAUGGUUCUGUUCCUGUCCGGUCUCUUUCCUGUGGGUGGAAUGUCUCCCCCCCCCCCUUUUUUUUACCUUUCGUCUUCUUUAGCCCGUGAUGCUGUUGGGUUUUGGUUCUACUAGCUGGUUCGCAUUAUGGGG